AUGGGUGACUUUCGCUGGAUCUAUCUAUCUAUCUGUCUAUCUAUCUAUCUAUUCCUUCUACUAUCUAUCUAUCUAUCUAUCUAUCUAUCUAUCUAUCUAUAUGUCUGUCUGUCUGUCCGAAAUACACAGACAUUAAUGGUUAAACUAGUCUGCCCUAACUCUAUCUAUCUAUCUAUCUAUCUAUCUAUCUAUCUAUCUAUCUAUCUAUCUAUCUCAGGGGUCAAGGAAGAUUACUGUAAAGGUUUCAUCGAUGCCCACGGUCAGUGGAAUAAUGGUUUCUACUGUCCGAGGUGGUCAGCUGACCCUAACCAAGUCUACUGUUGUGGAACCAAGCAUGAUCGUUAUUGCUGUAAACCGCCUGGGCAGGAGUCGAUCACGGGUUUCUCUACAGACAGUUUUCUGCGCGAAAACGGCCCCAGCAGCAUAGCAACUCCAAAUAAAGCCGCGACCAAUUCUUCCUCUGUCGCACCCCAAUGUUAUUUGGACUGCAACAUCACAACUAUUGCGGCCUUGACCAUCAGUAUCAGUGUCCUUCUGACCCUUGUGAUGUUGAUCCUGUGUUGGGUGUGGCCACGAUAUAUGAUGUACCGUAAUCGGAAAAGGACUGUGCAAAAAAUCACGGAUGGACUCGGUGUACCUCGGACUUUAAUUGCUAAUACCAACGGCAUGACACUCGUCUACCAACUUCAGCCAAUGACAUCAUCAUUGGUCGGCCCUUCGGAAAUUCACCAACCGAUGCUUCUCGACCGAUCGAGCCGAGCCACUGAAACGUCUCUAUAUGCCGUGAGUGAACCCCCUCCGUACCAAGUGGAAGAAACCGUGACCUACAAAGACAAGAAACUGAAAGUUGGACUCAAGAAAAAAAGACUGUCUUCAGAGGUGCUUACCAACUUCAACAUUGUCCCUACUUUCUAUGGUCAAGAUCAGAAUUUCCAAUACGCCCGCGUCUCCAGCUUGUCACAGAUGCCCUUAAUGUUGCCUCCACAAGGUGACUACCAUGAAUACACGGAGAAAUAUCCAGACAAGGUUGCCAUCUAA